UGAUGACGCCACGCGUAUAUCACAGGAAGUAAUUUGAAUUUUCACCGAGUAGUCACAAAACGGAUAAAUACAGCUCGUAUACGGCGUGACUUUAAAAAAUGGGCGUGAAAGGUCUUCAGUCCUUCAUGGACCGCUUCUGUCCAGAAGCCUGUGUGACUGUGGACCUGAGAGAGAUGGCCAGACAACAUGUUGCCAAAAGCCAGCAAGGCUGCACGACCUCAGCUAACACAACCAGGCCCACACUCGUUGUGGAUGGUAUGGCCUGUCUGCGCCACUGGUACUCAUGUAAGAACUGGGUGUGUGGAGGCCAGUGGAGGGAGUACAUGGAUGUGCUGAAGAGCUGGGUGGAGUCCUUCAGUUUAGCAGGCAUCAGACUAGUCUUCUUCUUUGACGGGGUGGUGGGAGAGCAGAAGAGACAGGAGUGGGUAAAGAGGAGACGCAGAGUGAAUGGGGAGAUUUCUAAAAUAUUUCGUCACAUGAAGGCACAUGGAGAGCAGCCUGGUAGAGAGCUCUUUUGUCUUCCUUCUGGUCUGGCAACGUUCACAUGCUUUGCUCUCAGGUCAUUGGGUCAGGAAGUGUUUUGCUCAGUGCAGGAGGCUGACUAUGAGAUUGCCAGCUAUGCUCGUUUGCACGGCAGUAUGGGCAUUCUGGGACAGGACUCGGACUUCAUUAUUUAUGACAGUGCCCCCUACUUGUCUGUGGCAAAGCUGCGGAUAGACAGCCUUACUACUGUCCUGUACGACCGACAGAGGCUCUGCCAAACCAUUGGAUUGGCUGUUACCCAGCUGCCUGUGCUGGCGUGUCUCCUAGGUAAUGAUGUGGUGUCAGAGGAGCGGAUGCAGCACAUCAGAAAUGACGCUAUGGCAACAUACAGGAUACACAAUCCUGCACCACACUCUGGUGCUCCUCAGGGUCACAUGGUGCUGGCUGUAGCCCACCUUGUGAACUCCUUGUGGGGCAGAGAGGCAGAAGAGACAGGGCUUAUCCCUCAGUCUGUGAAUCUGUCAGCUCCUAACAGAGAGCUCCUGAAGAGGGGGAUUUGCUCCUACUUACUGCCUGGACAGGAAGCGCUUCAGGGAGGUGACAUCUCUACACUUCCUUCUGCUCCAGCCUUUGAGAAACAUGUUAGUCCAGAAAUAUUAAAGGCCUGUAGAAAGAAGCAUGUAGCAGCAGAGGGUUUCAUGGCUUACAGUGUUGUGUGGGAGGGAGUCAUUGAAUGUAGCAACACUUUGGAGGAUGAAGAGGAUCCUGAAUUGCUGCCUCAGGCCCUCGUGUACAAACCUUGCAGACAACUUAUCUAUGGGCUGCUGCUGUUGCAUGGGCAUGAUGGCAGCAGUGUCGACCUUCCAGCAGUCAAGGAAUGGUUUGUCUACCCUGGAAACCCUCUGAAGGAACCUGACAUGGUCCACCCUGUCCCUGUCUGCCUCCCAUUUGAUCAGCCCAGUCUGGACCUGUUAUGGUUUGGCACCGGUCCCGAAGUUUCUGCUCUUCGCCUGACGUCCUUCCUUUCAGUUUUUGACUGCCGGGACUAUUUGGAGUUGUACGGUGCUAUUGAAGACUCUCUGCUGGCUGCUCUCUGCCUGGUCACUUACAUUGUCCUCCAGGUACAAACUUUGUCUCAAGAGGAUGUGGACGCUUACCUGAGUCAGGCUGUGUGUCUGAGACGUAAGUCCGCUCAGGAGCUUCAACAGAUCAAGCUGGCUUUCCUCUCCAGCCGUGCGGUGCAGCUGGGCUCUCUCUACGUCCGAGGACUGAGCCACCUGCUGGGUGCUAACUGUGCCAGCGGCUGCCCGCUGCCCGCCGCUGCCCUGAUGCCUUGGCACAGCUUCGAUGGACAGCUGUUCCACUCAAAGUACCUGCUGGCACAUAGCGGCACAGAGAAAACUGUGCUGCUGGACGGCGAUUCGUCCUGUUUGUCUCUGUUUCUCCUCCUGAGAGAGAAAGUGACAGAAACCUGCAGGAAGCGAGGCAGAGUCCUUCAGUCCAGACCCAAUGCACCUGAGCAAAGUCAUAAAACCACACCAGGACCCAGAUACAGAGAAAGACACACAGGUCGGCCUCCAGGUGGUGGUGAGAGCUGGAGGGACAGAGGAGAGACAACAGGAGGCCAUGGGGGAGGAUGGAGGGAGAGCAGGGAGGCAUGGGGAGGCCGAAGUGAAUGUGAAAACAGAGAGAGACUGUGGGAAGGCGGAGGUUACGGAGCAGGGCGGAUGAGAGGAGCCCCACGUUUUCACCCUCGUCCUCAUUCUGAUUCCAACUUCCACGAUGGAAGACCCCAGAACACGAGCCGUCCACCAAAUCAGUCCAGAGGUGGAUCGUACCAAAGCAGAGGGCGAUACCGGCUGGCUCCGAGAUGGUCACAGCCUCCUGCCCCAGGAACAUAACUCCACCCUGACCAGAGAGGACAGAUGAGGCGGAUUAGAGGGGAGGAUUUGAGGAGUUAAGAGGAUGGGAAAGACAUGAUGAAAGGAGUGAAGGAAUCAAAUUUCUCUGAACAAACUGAUCAGUGAAUUACCCGUCAGGAAUGUUUGACUAAAGGAUGCAGCAGGUCGAGAAAUGGGGAUCAAGAGGAGGCAGAAUGAGGAGAUUAGGAAGACGUUUAUUUAAUUUGCCAGUUUAACCUCAAUAUGUCUUUUUGCACGUCUCAGAAUAAUCCUGUAGACAUACUUUUAAAGUCGUUUUCAAGCCUCUCCUUUAUCUCAGGACAACUUACCUGUUUCACUGUGACAGAAAAUGAACAGGACGCCUGAGCACUCAGCAAACAAACACAGACAUGAGCCACUUCAAACAUGCAAUGAGAAGUGGAUUAAUGGCCAAUCCUCAAGCCUGUUUUCAACUCUUAUCUGUGACAAUAAAAGGGCAAACAUCUUAAAAUCUGUGUGUAUCCAGUGGCAUAAUCCUUUUAAAGGACUAGAGAAACAGUGAUGCUGGUGUCAGAUAUCGGCUGAAAUAGGGCAUCAGUACUGGAGAUUUAUACGCAUCUAUAAACUGAUACCAAGAGCCAUCUGUGACAUGUCCAAAACUGAGUGACGCAACUUGAAUUUACGCUUUUUACACAGGAGGACAGGAGUUGUACAGUUGUUUUGCCCUCUGUCUGCAAAUCAGUUGUUCUGAGCUUUCUGUGAUAAAUGAACAACACUAAUUCUGCUCAGAGGGGCUUCAAGUUGCACAUUGUAAUUCACAUUACUGAUUUGAUCAUUUGCUCAUGCUUAAUAUCAUAUUUAAAUGUUUUCCAAAAUCACCAAAUGUUUUUAACUAGAAGUUUUCAUUUUUCUGCUGCAUCUGAAAUCAGUAAUGUUUAUUUCCCGUUUUUGUAACAACACAGGAAAAGCUUGCAACAAUCCCCAAACAUACUGCACGCGUCACUGCGAAUUCCAGUAAUGUGGAUUAUUAAGUCAAUUUCACCAUAAUCUAAUUUGAGUUCUUGUGGGGAAAAACAAAGAGUCUUGAUGUCGGCACAUCCUUUCUGAUUCGAACAACCACUCUUAUGCUGUUCUUGGGUUGAUGAGGAAUGUAUAGCCCCUGCAGUCACGCUGACCGGCUGUCUUCCUGUAGCACCGUGAACGUCGUAAAACCCACCAGAGAGGAAAAGGAUGCAGAGAAAGUUCCACAGCCUGAGUGCUUUUAUUCCUCUCUCUCUCGCCCUCUCUCUCUCUCUGUGUAUGUGUGUGUGUGACACAGUUUGCCUGUAAGCAGAGAAGAAGAAGAAAUGUGAGAGUGAAUUUCUCAACCAAUGUAAACAAAUGAGGGGAACUCAUAGUGAUACAGAGUUACGUGAGUUUACUCCCUGUAGUUCAAUGAGCCACUCAUUACACAGGGCCAGAUACAAGCUAUAUAUCUAACUUGGACUGAAGAUACGCACGUACAUGUUCAUCAGUAGGUUUGAUCCUGAACUCAGCUCACUCAGCACGUGACCAGUGUUAGAGGUAGUGAGCUUAUAUGUUGUUUUACUGUGCUCUGGCUUUUCGGGGAAAUUAUUGCCUUUUUAUAUGUUUCAUAAUUGUAGAAUUACUUACAGACCAAAAUAAAUAAAAUUCAGCUGGUUAAAAUUCCAUUUAAACCACUUAAAAACAUCAAUAUGUGUCAAGUGCUAGAUUUAUGGAAACAAACUG